AUGUUGGGAAAUCGCUUGAAAAGGUCCACUAAGAGCUCCAAUAUGCUUGCUCUCGAAAUGGAGUAUAUAGGUGUUGGAUGGAUUGAUAACUAUGAUCCCAUUGAUCCACCAGCCGUUGUUCUUCUCUCUCAAGCUCGUUAUGAGAGGGAUCUGCUCAAUUGGACUCGAGCUGUCAAUCUUACGAGCCAGCAGCUGAGUGCUUUGUGUGCAGUUAGGGGAGUCAUAGUGCCACUUGUGGCUGAGCAGCCACCUAAUUCAUCUCAGCCACCACACACUCAGACAUCUCCAACUGAAGCAUAG